AUGGAGGUUGCUCUGCUUACUGCCGCUAUUGUUUCUACGUUCGCUGGCGCAACUACUCUGCUUCGCAGCUGGCGCAAUGAUCGCCAGGCGCGGAGACAGGCGCGGAGGCGUCCGAGAGGAAAGCAGGCCGCUGAUGGCGCCUCCAGCCUAGAGGUGGUACUGCAGGAUGGGGGCCCACGCGUACAGUCCGAAUAUGACAGAGACUUUGCAAGAUUAGGGGAGCUAUUUGGCAGGGGCGACUUUUCUGGUCUACCAGACGAUGGACGUGAGCCUUCGCCAGCUGAUCUCCGCAAAGAGAUGGGACGAAGCCAGCUGAAGGACCACGUCAUCGUGCUCCAAGGCACGAUAAUCACGCUUUUGCAAAACGCACAAGACCGCGCAUUACCGGCAAUCCCACAGCUGGGUCUGAUAUUGGGAAAUUCGGAAGCUUCGCGAGACGGCGCUAUUACCGCACUUGCGAAUCAGUACCAACGCAUGCUCCAGACCAAACCCAUCGAGUAG